CAUUUUUCAGGUUCCUUCAAGCAUUCUUCAUCCUGCAACAAUGGCCAGGCCUUUGCAAAAGAUCAAGAACAUCAAUGAUUUCAAAUCUCUGUGGAAAAUUGCUGUUCGAGUUGUUGACAUGUGGACUGUUGCAAAUUCAAAGAACAAACAACAUAUUGAGAUGGUGUUGUGUGACAAAGAGGUUGAUCGUAUUCAAAUAAUUCUGCCAUUUGAACUCAAAGAUCAGUUUAAGGGUAGAAUUGUUGAGAACACUACCUUUACUCUGCAAAACUUUGAUGUCGAGAAAAAUGAAAUGAGUAUAAAAGCAACUGAUCAUCCAUUUUGGUUGGUGUUUAAUGGUGGAACAAGUGUUGACAACAUUGACAAGCAUGACAUUCCCAAACCAUCUUUCAACUUUAAGGACUUUGAUGAGAUCAAGAAGGGAGCACUAAGGCCAGAUGUCCUAAUAGAUGUCAUUGGAGCCUUUCAUGAAUUAGGAUACAAUCAGACUCAAGCUGGAUCUAGGAAAAUACAAAUCAACUUUUGGAUGAAAGACUUAAAGGGAACAUUACUAAGUUGUACAUUGUGGGAGGAUUUUGGUCUUCAAUUCCUUAAUUUUUGCAACAAUUCUGAGUUUGGACCAACUAUCAUUCUUCUUCACAAUGCUAAGAUUAAGGAAGCCACAUGUUAUUAAUAAUGAAGUACUUAAUAAUUAUUAUUUGGGCAUCUAACAGAAUAAUAUGCUUUAUUCUUCAUCUACUUUUCAUUGUAUAGAUAAAUAUGAACUCGGGGUCUCUAAUGCAUGGAAUGCUACCAAGCUGUUUAUCAAUCCUGAAUUCCUCGAGGUCCUUGAAUUCAAACAAGGGUUGCCUCUUGAUCACCCAACAUUCACACAGAGUCAGCAACUAAGUCUCUCUUCUCAAUUUGCAAGCCCUUCUUCAUCAAGUAUGACGCAGUACUCAUCUAUUGAAAGGUUCAUUGGUAGUGCUGUUGUUCUACCACUGAAAGAGAUUAUGCAACUGACUGAGACAACUGUGUGUGUGACUGUUGUGAAGAUCAAUCAAGUGAAACCAUCCAAGAAUGGGUGGUACUACAAAGCAUGCACCAAGUGCAACAGAGUUGCAAAGGGUGAUACUUUACCACUGUUGUGUGACCAAAAACACGAGACCAAUGCUAUCAAUCUAAGGUUUAAGUUGGAAGUGGAAGUCGAAUAUAAUGAAGUUGCAACUAAAUUUUUCCUAUGGGAUCGUGAGUGCAAUGAAUUGCUUGGAACUACAGCUGCUGAUCUUCAAAGGGUCAUGGCUGAGGCUGGUGUCACAAAUCCUCUGGAAUACCAACACACUUGGACCAAUUGGAAAACAGAGAGUUUAUUUGUAAAGUUAAAUGGCAGCCAACUUGGGACAGCUGUUCGGUUCAAGCAAUCAAGGAAGAUGAAGGUUUAAUUGAAAAGAUCAAAGCAUUGUUCCCAAAAAAUGAGAAGGAUGAUUUUCUGCCUGUUGAGAAUGUUCAAACUGCUGAGGUACUAUAUUCACAGCUGCCAGACACAACCACUAUUUCUCAGCUUCAGACCCUAUCAACUUUCCCAACUCAAACACCAACUGCUUUAUGUGACACUGAACCUGAAAGUCAAUCUUCCCUCACACCAGGCAAGAGAGUUGCAGAUCCUCUUCCUAUCAACAAUGAUUUCGAAAGCCCAGAUAUGUGCUCAACCAAACAAUCUUCAACUAAGAUUAGGAGAAAUAUCAAGACAGAAAAGAAAGAUUGAAUUCUGCUAAUGUCGUGCACACUUCUUUAUAACUACAUUGCCACUUCUUAUUAUCUAAUUAAUAGCCGUAUGUGGCUAUAAGUAUUAUAUUAUUUUGAUUGAAUAUCAGUUCAUCCGAUAUUUAAGCAACCUCAAACAUUGUUGCAUUUGGUCCCAUCUUACCUCAGAACAACUUCUGUUUAACAUAUAUGUAUCUAUCGCAGAACUUAUGCUUAUUUAUCA